GCUCCUCAGGGCACUCCUUCCGUGGAGGAACUUAUCCAGCAGAGUCAGUGGAACCUUCAGCAGCAGGAGCAGCAUCUCCUUGCUAUGAGACAGGAACAAGUCACAUCAGCAGUAGCCCUUGCAAUUGAGCAACAAAUGCAGAAAGUUUUGGAGGAAACCCAGCUAGAUAUGAAUGAAUUUGACAACUUGUUGCAGCCAAUAAUUGACACUUGUACGAAAGACGCAAUCUCAGCUGGCAAGAACUGGAUGUUUAGUAAUGCAAAAUCUCCUGCACACUGUGAGCUGAUGGCUGGGCACCUGCGAAAUCGUAUAACGGCGGAAGGAGCUCACUUCGAGCUUCGGUUACAUCUCAUCUACUUAAUCAAUGAUGUACUGCAUCACUGCCAGCGGAAGCAAGCACGAGACCUUCUGGCUGCUUUACAGAAGGUUGUUGUGCCCAUUUAUUGUACCAGUUUUCUAGCAGUGGAGGAGGAUAAGCAACAGAAAAUUGCCAGGCUUCUUCAACUAUGGGAGAAAAAUGGGUACUUUGAUGAGUCAAUUAUUCAGCAGUUACAGAGCCCGGCUCUUGGACUUGGCCAGUACCAGGCAAAUUUGAUUACUGAAUACGCAACGGUAGUACAGCCUGUACAGGUAGCCUUCCAACAGCAGAUACAGAACCUGAAAACUCAACAUGAAGAGUUCGUAAACAGUUUAACGCAGCAGCAGCAGCAGCAAAUACAAAUACCACCACUAGAGAAUGAGGUGAAAUCAACACCCCCGCCUCAAGCCCCCACAGCAGCACCAGCUUCGGCUCCACCAUCUGCUCCGGUUACACAAGCAGAUGACGGUAAAUCUCAGCUGCCUCUAGCUGGUUCUACAGAGUAUGAUGCAACAGGGUCUGGAGUGCAGGAUCCUGCCUCUGGUGGACCACGUGGCCCUGGGUCUCAUGAUCAGAUUCCUCCCAAUAAACCACCCUGGUUUGACCAACCUCACCCUGUUGCACCAUGGGGUCAACAACAGGGACCACCUCAUUGUCCUCCGUGGAAUAACAACCAUGAAGGAAUGUGGAACGAACAGAGAGAUCAAGGCUGGAACAAUCAGCGAGAGACACCUUGGAACAACCAGCCCGAUCCUUCUUGGAACAACCAGUUUGAAGCACCGUGGAACAACCAGCAUGAACAACCUCCAUGGGGUGGGGGUCAAAGGGAACCUCCAUUUCGAAUGCAGCGGCCACCUCACUUCAGAGGCCCAUUUCCUCCACAUCAGCAACAUCCCCAAUUCAACCAGCCCCCGCAUCCGCAUAAUUUCAACCGCUUUCCACCUCGCUUCAUGCAGGAUGAUUUUCCACCUCGCCAUCCCUUUGAAAGGCCUCCUUAUCCUCAUCGUUUUGAUUACCCCCAGGGGGAUUUUCCUCAAGAAAUUGGACCUCCUCAUCAUCAUCCUGGUCACAGAUUGCCUCAUCCUGGAAUCAGCGAGCAUCCUCCCUGGGGAGGGCCACAGCACCCUGAUUUCGGGCCUCCCCCGCAUGGAUUUAACGGGCAGCCUCCUCACAUGCGGCGGCAGGGCCCCCCUCACAUGAAUCAUGAUGAUCCCAGUCUGGUGCCAAAUGUUCCCUACUUUGACCUUCCUGCUGGACUGAUGGCUCCACUCGUAAAACUUGAAGAUCAUGAGUAUAAACCUUUAGAUCCUAAGGAUAUACGUCUUCCACCCCCAAUGCCCCCCAGUGAGAGACUACUGGCUGCAGUUGAGGCAUUUUACAGUCCACCAUCUCAUGACAGGCCUAGAAACAGUGAAGGCUGGGAGCAGAAUGGACUGUAUGAAUUCUUCAGAGCUAAAAUGAGAGCAAGGCGGAGGAAAGGUCAGGAGAAGAGAAAUAGUGGGCCUUCUCGGUCUCGCAGUCGGUCUAAAAGCCGAGGUCGCUCAUCCUCCCGGUCCAAUUCGCGAUCUUCAAAAUCAUCUGGCUCCUAUUCGAGGUCACGAUCUCGCUCUUGCUCUCGAUCACGAUCCUAUUCCCGCUCUCAGUCCAGAAGCCGGAGCAGGUCCCGCUCUUCUCACAGCCGCUCGCGAUCACGGUCACGAUCAAGAUCGAAAUCGUACUCGCCAGGAAGGCGGCGCCGGUCCCGGUCUCGCAGCCCCACUCCUCCUUCUUCUGCUGGUUUGGGCUCCAGUUCUGGGCCUCCUAUACCAGAAUCAAGACUUGGAGAAGAAAAUAAAGGCCAUCAAAUGCUGGUGAAAAUGGGAUGGAGUGGAUCUGGUGGAUUGGGAGCCAAGGAACAAGGAAUUCAGGAUCCGAUUAAAGGAGGGGACAUCCGAGACAAAUGGGAUCAAUACAAAGGAGUGGGAGUCGCAUUAGAUGACCCUUAUGAAAACUACCGAAGAAAUAAAAGUUACUCGUUCAUCGCACGCAUGAAGGCCAGAGACGAAUGUUAAUUCUAUUUGAAGUGGAGGGGUGCUGCCUUGGGAUCAAGUCAGACUGAUGCUGAGCAGUGUAUCCUAAUGUCUAAAUGGGGAAUGAAGCAUCUAGUUCCAGUACAGGUGACCUAUGAGCACUGUGCAAGCUUGUUAGAACCUACCCUACAACUUAACGCCCCUACACACCAGCUGCUGCAGUCCCAACUCUGGUCAGAACACGAGGGUUAACUGUUGUAGCUGUUCGAGCGCUCUGAGGGAUGUUCAAUGCUUUGUAAUGGAAGACAUUCUUUAAGCUUUUUAUAUUUUUGUAUAUACUCUUUAAUAAAAGCUGAUUAGUUGAAUAGAGGAGAAUCCAUUUUCUCUGCUCUGCAAGUUUCUAACAACGAAACGUUCUUGGAAGCUUCCUUUAAUCGAAAUGAG